CCUCUACAAACAAGCGGACGAAACGGACGAAAGAGGGAAGAGGAAAGGAAUAGGAGAGGAAAGAGAGAAAAUAUCUACGACAUUAAACCGUCCCACCUCGCACAUCGGGAUCCACAACACGAGACUUCACCCUAUCACUCCAAUAGCCCGGCAUCCUUAUAUCACUCCAGUCAGCACAAACUUACCACGACGCGGAAAAAAAAAUAAAAAAGCGGUAAAAUCAUUGAGGAAAUCCCCUAUCGAGUUCCCAGAUACCGGUAAGCCAGACAGAAUAAGAAGGCCAGCCAGCCAGCCCCACCAACGCAGCUGCAAGCACAGCAUUUCGUUAUCAAAGAUAAGAAUACCCGCUUCAGUGAGUAUUAUUUUUUUUCUUUCUUUUUUUUUUUCUUCUCCUUUCCCUAGCUAUCUCUCCGCUCCUUUCGAGAGUUUCCUCCCGAAAAAGAAAUAUUCCAUAUAUAUAUCUAUAUAUACAUAUAUAUACAUACAAAAAAAGGAGCACCCGGCCAAUCAAGAAAUGAUUCACCAAAACAAAUCAGAUGCCAUCAGCCGGUCGAUCACUACCGACGACUCGUCCGAAAUCAUGGCGAUUACAGCGUCCCCACGAUAAGGGUAACAUUGCAAAAGGCGAUCAGGAAAAGUACCAGCAUAAACUUCUAAAAGCCGUCCAAAACUUCGUCAUAGGCGGUAAUCAGCCAAAUCUCGAUAUAAUCGCAAUCUCCUUUGAGCAUAAAUGUUUCAGUGAGGCCAGAAACAGAGCAGAGUACAUAUCUGCGAUAAACGCCAAACUCCGCGAAUGGAACUACGACGAUAUAUCUGACGAUGACACCGCACCCUCCUCCUCCCCACAGCCUAGCAUCAAAAAGCAAAAAACAAUCUCCCCGUCACCAUCCUUACCCACCGCCUCCACCAACACCAUCCGUAGCAACACGACUACCACCAACACCGCUACCAAUACCAACUCGUCCUCAUCCCCGAGUCAGCCCUCCAGUCCGCCACUGCCACUACCCUUACUUCCGAUGGAGACGUCCAAGACCAUGACCACGCAUUUACCCACACCUCCGCAAGGGAAGAUACCGGGUGGGGGAGGAGGGGGGGGCUUUGUGCAAUUGUUUGAUCCCAAGGUGCUCGACAAGAUCGACUUGAACGACCCGGUGAAACGCACAGAAUGGGUCAGGGCCGUGUGGGAGUACUUUAGUGGUGGGGGCAGGUGGAUCCCAGGACGGUGGGACCAGGACAGAGAGGGGGGUGAUGAGAGUAUGGGAGACGGAUGGGAUCGAGAUGGAGGAUGGGUGUGACUUUGCUGUUAUCGUGCGCUCCUAUCUACGAAAGAUAGCUGCUGGAGGGGUAAGAACCGGGGGUGUUUCGGUUGACUUUAUACAGUGGACAUCUGAAAUUAGUUUAUUGUACCCAUUCUGUUUCUUCUGUUUUCUACCUAUUUGUUUAAAAACAGGAAAAUAAAAUAAAAAUUACUU